UCGUGAACCCCCGUUGAAGUCACACUUGUGAAAGAUUCUAUUUAAGACAAAUAUAAUUUAAUCUACAGAACAUCUAUUUCUUAUUAAGUGAGUUCAAUGGAUGAUCAAAUAGUUUUUUCUUUAACUCUGAAUCAUCUUUUCUUAUUCUCUCAGAAAAAUUCACAAUGGAUUCCAGAGAACAUAUUCCAAAGAGAAUGUAUUCGCUAUGUAGCACAACCGCCUCGCACAAAUGACGACCCAAAGGAUCCAUUGUGUUAUUGUGGAAAUAGAAAAUCAUCCCACGAUGAAAGUUACAUCCGAGAUGAGAUCAGAACUACGAAGUGGAAUUGGUCGGACACAAAAACUACGCAGACUACCGCUUAUGGCGAAGUUGAAUUUGUAGGAGCUAUUGGCAAUUCUGCAACUCUCAACCGAAAAAAGUAUGUACGAUUGGAUCAUCGGACGUACCCUGGCAAAGUUCUUGAACUUCUAAGGGACCACUGGAAGCUGGGGGUACCUAAACUUCUUAUCUCUGUGACUGGUGGUGCCUUAAACUUCCACAUGAACUCCAGGCUGCGAGAACUGUUUAGGAAUGGCCUAAUCAAAGCAGCACUCAGCACAGGAGCAUGGAUUAUUAGCGGAGGCAUUAAUUCUGGCAUUAUGAGGUAUGUGGGUGAUGCCUUGCCGCAGGAUUAUGCCCUAGCAUCUGGAACCAUGAGUAGGAACAAUUUUGUCGCCAUUGGAAUAGCAUCGUGGGGUGUGAUCCAUCAAAAAGAAAACCUAACAAAAGACAAAAAUAAUCCCUAUGGUCCAGCAAAUUAUCGCAUGGAUGUCAGUGGUAGUGUAAAGCUAGAUCCAAACCACACCCAUUUCUUACUCGUCGAUAACGGUACUUCCGGAAAAUUUGGUACUGAAAUCAGACUUAGAGCAGAGAUUGAGAACGUUAUUGCAAAACAAGGAAUUGGUGAUGACAAGGAUGAGGAUCUAUUUGUACCAACUGUUUGCAUUGCAGUCGAGGGUGGUCCCAAUACCAUCUUUACAGUGUACGAAGCGGUCAAGAAGGGUACCCCAGCUGUAAUUGUAGCUGGCUCGGGACGUGCUGCAAAUAUUCUUGCAUUUGCUGCACAAGGAGCGAGAGAAGUUGAAGUUCUCGAUAACAUUGGUAGUAAAGAAAAAAAGGUGGUUAUUGAUGACAAUUUGAGAGCAAAGUUAGCACAACUAAUCAAAAAGGAGUUUGGUGAGAAGAACGUUGAGUUGCAUCUGAAUCGCAUACAAGAAUGUGUUGAGAAGACUGACCUCUUAAAUGUGUACGAUAUGGACUCAUCAACCGGUCUCAAAGAUAUCGAUGAAGCUAUUUUACAUGCUUUAAUGAAAGCUAAUAAAGGAAGCAAGCAAAACAAGUUGAAGUUGACGCUAGUGUGGAAUCGUAUUGACAUUGCUAAGAGUGUACUUUUUUCUGAUGACAAAGAAUAUAAGAAGGGAGAGCUUGAUUCAGCUCUGCAUUAUUCCUUAGUGCAUAAUCAAGUGGAUUUUGUGAAGCUGUUUCUCGAGCAUGGUGUUAGUUUAAAGGACUUUUUAACCCUACGAGAGUUGACUCUUUUAUACAAUGAGGUGAAAGAGGGAACUCUAAUUUAUAAGUACUUGGACAGACAGAGAGAGAGAGAUAAGAGCACAAGAAAAUUUAAUCUAUGUGAUGUUGGGAAGGUAAUUAAAGAGAUGAUGAUGGAUUCAUACGAACCACUUUACCUCCAGGAUCUAGUACGUUACUUGUGGGUAGAGGGCGAGAUUGAUUUUGUUACGGGAGACGUAGUAGAGAACGAGUCUGAGGCAGGUGCUUUCGAGUCAAUGGAGCAACAUGAUUUACCAGUCGGUAUAGCUCAGACUACCAAUUGUGAGCAUCUCAACAAAUUUGAUAACCCAGUUCGAGAGCUUUUGAUCUGGUCUGUUCUACAAGGUCGUGAAGAGAUGUCUCAGUUCUUUUGGGAACAGUGUAAAGAGAUGAUUGCUGCUGCCCUCACCUCCUGUAUGAUCCUCAGGAAUAUGUCUGAAAAACACUAUGAUGAUGACCAUAAGGAGGACCUGUCAAGAUUAUCAGAUGUAUUUGAAGACAAUGCCAUUGGUGUUCUUAAUGAGUGUUACAAUGAUGAUAAGGAAAAGAUGUCUAUCAAUCUGAUUCGGGAGCUUCACCAGUGGGGGCGUGCUACAUGUUUUAGAUUGGCCAUUGAGGGCAAAAUGAAGAAGUUUCUUAAUCAUGAAGGAAUCCAGUACCUGUUGACGGAUAUCUGGAUGGGAAAACUUUCCACAGAAAAUUCCAAUUUAAUUCUGGUCCUGUGUGUUGCUUGUCCACCACUCAUUUAUUUUCUCAUCAAAUUCCGUGAAGUUGAACAUUUACCAGAUAGAUCGAGUUCGAAACUCAAGAAAUUUAUCAAAGCAAAUGAAAGUCCUGAGAUGGUCAAACCUGCAAAACCAACUGGAGGUACAAAUAGGAAGCAGGAGUACUACCACCCUACACAUGAUGUUGAUAUUCGUGACAGUGGCGAGGAACUCUCCUGGUACCAACGGAUCAAAUUCUUCUAUGGUUCUCCAAAAAUUAUUUUCACACAUAACCUGAUAUCUUACUUAGUGUUUCUGGGGCUUUUCAGCUACAUCAUGUUAACCAGUUUCAAUAAAAAAGUGUCUGUUGCUGAAUAUGUUCUUCUGUUCUGGAUCAUAACGCUGUAUACUGAAGAGGUCCGACAGAUUGCACAACACGAGUCUUAUAGUUGGCGGUUGCGCCUCUUAUUCUGGAUCACUGACUACUGGAAUAUAGUGGAUCUAGCAACCCUGAUUUUGUUCACUAUCGGUUUCACAAUGCGUUUUUUUAAGGAAACGUUUGCUGCCUCUCGUGUCGUUCUUGCUAUUGACCUCAUGAUCUUUUACAUUCGCCUUCUGCAUGUUUUUUAUGUCAACCAAAACCUGGGACCCAAAUUGAUCAUGAUCAGCAAAAUGGUGGUGGAUCUAGCAUUCUUUAUGUAUAUAUUAUUUGUGUUCCUGGUAGCUUACGGCGUCGCUUCCCAAGCCAUUAUGUUUCCGAACACAGAUGGAUUUAUACCAGUGAUCAAGGGAGUGUUCUUUCAAUCAUAUUUCCAGAUGUAUGGAGAACUUUUUCUGGAAAACAUCGAAGGCGAGUCUGGUAGUUGCACCCCAAUAACCGAAGGAUCUGUCGGAGACAUUGAUGACCCCUGCCCUGAAUUUUCAUGGGUUGCUAUCUGUUUAUUAGCUGGAUACAUGUUGUUAAGCAAUGUGUUACUGCUUAACCUACUUAUUGCAAUGUUUAGUUACACCUUCUCUGUAGUGCAGGACAAUUCUGACUAUUACUGGAAGAAACAACGUCUUAAGAUUGUCUCCGAGUAUUUUAGUAGACCUCUUCUGGCACCUCCACUUAUUGCUGUGGCUCACAUGUACAUCUUCGUUACCUACAUUCUUAGGACCUUUCUCUGGACUUGUAUUGGGAUUGGUGGUUCAAAUAGAUUCUUAUUGAUAAAGCAGAAGGUGAUGUAUGCUCAAAAAAAACAUUUGGUAAUGUGGGAAUCAUUCAACGGAGAGAAGUACAUGUUUGGGAAGAGACAGAAACACCAGCAAGACAUCAGUCAAAGAUUCACAUCUUUGCUUGAAAAAGUGGAUGAGAUUAACCUGAAAGUGGAUUGGGAGAAAAUUAACCGACUUGAAGAUCAGAUAAAACGUAUCAAUGUGACAUUGGAUGUGAUGACCAAAACCCUCAUGGAAAAUGAAGUAGGGAGUAAAAGUGAAGCACAGAAGCUGAAGGAAGUGAUUAAAUACAAAGAGGAUGAUGAUGAUGAGGAUGAUGUCACUGCUAAUGAGAAAGAUGUGUACAAAGUGCCAAUAACUUUAGAAGAAUUUGAGAUUAUGAUCCAUACGAAAGCGCGGCAGAGCCCUUAUCCUGGUACUGCCAUCCGAAGGGCUUAUGUCCCAGUUGCCCAAGUUCCCUGGAAGGUUGACUUUCCAAGUUAUGUGCCAAGAGAGUACACACACCAAUCCAUUCUUGAUAUGCCUCACUGGGCAGAUAUUGACUUGAUGGCCAUGUCAAAGGAUAAACGACCCAUGUUACAAUUUAACAACGAAGAUGUAAAUUGCAAGGUGGAUCGUAGAAGUCAUGUCCAACACUAUGUGGUUAAAGAUGGACUGCCAUUAAAUCCAAGAGGGAGAACUGGUAUGGUUGGUCGAGGUCUUCUAGGUCGAUUUGGACCAAAUCAUGCAGCGUAUCCUAUUUCAACCAGAUGGAAGAUGAAGGCAAAUGGUUUGCCAAUGAUGGAUGGAGGCAAAAAAGUACUAGAGUUUAUUGCUAUUCAACACAAGGACAAUCAACAGUGGGCAAUACCUGAGGGUAUGGUUGAACCAGGUGAGGUCAUUAGUGAAACCUUCAGAUGUGGAUUUCCUGAAGAGGCUCUCGACCAGAUGACAAAAUGUUCCGAGGAGAAAGGAGAAAUGGCUGAGAAUAUUGACAGGCUAUUUUCAAAUGGCAUCGAAAUAUACCGAGGGUAUGUUGAUGACCCUCGAAAUACAGAUAAUGCUUGGAUUGAGACGUACGCUAUGAAUUUCCAUGAUGAAUCCGGCAGUGCUUUUGGACAACUUAAACUUGAGGCUGGUGGUGAUGCUCGGAGCAUGAGAUGGCAAAGAGUGAGUUCAAGAAUUCCGCUGUUUGCCAGUCAUACGGCAGUCUUGCGCAGAGUUGCGGAAAAACAUAAUGCAGCCUUCUAGAGGACAGUAUAAAAGUCAUCAAGACGUUAUCUAGAGGCUAUCAAGAAAUCUUUGUCCUGCAAGAGGUUAUCUAUGUGGAGGAUGAAGGACACUAUUUAGGCCUACUAGGGGUGGGGGUAAAUAUAGUUUUCUAUUUUAGAAUAUGCAAAUCAAACUUAUUGUUUUUAAUUUGUUUUCUAGUUUGUAUAUCCUAUAUUUGUAUUAUGGUUUGUUGUAUUUUUUAAAAUUGCAGUUUCCAAACCAAGGACAAAAUUUUAUUCAACGGGUAUUUUAUAUUAAACAUUUUUUUUAUUAACUGGCAUAUACCCGUGCUCCACACGGUUUUAAAUGGGUGUGCAAAGUUGGCGAGGCAUGUAGUUAAUAUAGUUAUUAUUAAUAUAGUUAAUAUAGUUAUUAUUAAUAUAGUUAAUAUAGUUAUUAUUAAUAUAGUUAAUGACGCAAUCAUUGAGGAUAUUAUAGUUACCUUAAAUUGUCAGUAUUUUUUCUGAAGGACCUCUUUUUGUAGGUACAGUAAUGAUUUGCAUGAGUGUCUCUCCCAAAUAGUCCUUUUUGAUAAUACAUUGGAGUACAGUACCCUCUUGGAUGUGAAAAUUUAACAUACAGUAAUAACGUUUUAAUUCCCACAUGUUUGAAUGCAGUGUUGCGGCAUUAUCUCUGAAUAUAUAUUUCAUUAUUAUUAUUAUCCUCUAUUAUGGGAAGACAAUUAAUCAUGAUCUAUGGACACUCCUAGCUCUCUGCUUCAAUCAAGCACUAUUCACACCUUCUUUGUUUCAAUGGGAAACAACAAUAGAUCACCGACGAUCGACAACUCUAUUUAAGACCAACAUAAGUCAUCUUUUAUCAUUCUCCUGAUGACGGUCAGAGCCUUAAUAAAAACCAUA